UCUCGAUAGCCACUCAGUUGCUCUUGUCCAAGUGGCUUUCCAUGUUUCUAUUGGUGGAUACUAAAUAGCCAAUCAGGGCACGUUUUGGAUAUCUCAAGCCAUUCAUAAGUCUCACAGGGUCAAAGGCAAGAGAGAGAAAGUGAUAAGAAACCUUAUAAGAGAGGAGAGUCGUGUGGUUCGUGGAUUUCUUUCCAUCUACUGUGAUAGCGUAGUUAAAAUGCAGCAAUAACUGUAACGUAAUUGUGUACGUUUUACUUGUGAAUACUUAAUACUGUUUCAACACCUUUUCUGUCAACAACGUUCGUGUUAUUUUGCCCUGCACACCUGUUUCCUAUUCUGAGUUUUCUAUAGUAUUCUGAAGGGAUGCGUAUUUAUGAGUAUUGAUUGUGUUAUUAAUAUUCUCCUCUGAAUCUCUGUAAGUGUUCGAGUGCAAGCAUGGAAGACCUGCUACCCUUGUCUUCUAGUUUGGAGCGAGAAACUAUCACAUUGCAUAAACUCAACUCUUCUGAUGAAGAAAGUGACAUCAGUGUAGGAGAACUACCAUGGGACGACUGGUCAUUGGAUAAAAUUGAACCUGAUGCCUACCUUGAUUACCUCAUAUCCCAGCUUCCUUUAGAAGGUCCACUUGAAACCCCAGAAUUUCCUAGUGUUAGUCGCGAAAAUGACCCAUUUUCUCAGCUUGGUCAACCAUCCUUCACCGAUAAUAGUGUUUACCAGGGGCUAUGGGACUGUAAAUGGAUUGGACCCACUUUGCCCCAGACGAAUAACUCUAGAGCCGUUAAUCCUUCAUGUAUGUUCGCUGAGACAGGUUCUGUCUCCAAUUAUAAUUUCAGCCCCGAUUCCACUUCAGGUUCUGACCUUUGUUCUUCUACCGACACCAUGCCAGAAUUCGGAACCUGUGAGAGUGAUCUAGUCGUCUUAGGCGUAGGCCUGAAAACCUUAAUGUCCGGGUUACGGGAAGAGGACAUUAAACCUGAACCGGUCAUUCAACAGCGGAGACCUAUUUAUAACAACAAAACUAACAUGACAACUGUUCUUCAACCUCAAGGUGCCCUUAAUGGGUUUAAUCGCAGCCUUUUAAACAGAAACAAUUCCAUGGGACCAGUCACUAUCCCCACGUGCCCUAUAACUAGUUCUUCCCCACUACUGAACUUCCCUCAAACCUCCGCAGGGAACCGAAGAGGACCCCAAAGAAUGGGCGUAAAUGGGUCUACAGCUAAAGAUGAAGAAAAGAUUUUCUACUGCACGUACCAAGGGUGUAACAAAGUCUACUCUAAAAGCUCUCAUCUAAAAGCCCAUCUGAGACGACACACGGGUGAAAAACCAUUCGCCUGCCAAUGGCCUGGCUGCGGCUGGCGUUUCUCUCGCUCCGAUGAGCUGGCCCGCCAUAAACGAUCCCACUCUGGUAUCAAGCCCUAUCGCUGUCAGAUAUGUGAGAAGCGUUUCUCCAGGUCCGACCACCUAGCCAAGCACCUGAAGGUACAUCGUCGAGAAAAGCUGAUCAGUUUAGUGUCAGGGGGAACAUCUACAUCAUAUCGGAGACCAGCAGCUCCUGUAACGUCUAUUUUACAAACUACUGAAGCCUAGGCUAGAAAGAAAACUAAUGUGAAGGAGGAAAAAAAGCAUUAUUCUGUGCCAAAUGUGUGUAUGUGUGUGUGUGUGUGUGUGUAUUAUUAAUUUGUCGUCGCUGAAAUGUCGGAGGCAACAAAACAUGAGAACAGAUCAAGUAUUAAGAAGUUACCGAAGCGAAACUGGGACAUAAAAGACAUUGAACAAUUCAUGAUGCCAGUGUUUUGGCCUCACUAAUCAAACUUUGCUUCUAAUUAUGUCAGAAAGUUAGACUCUUACUUGUACAUCUUCGCAACUCGACUACCAAGAACACAGAAGUGCGUUUAUAUACUCGAUAGAGGAUGUGUGUGUGAUGUUUGUGACAAAUUUUGAUUAAACGCUAAGAAAUAAGAGUUACAAUUUAGUCCGCAUAAUUAUAAAUUGUUCACGAAAAUAUCAGUUAAAUGUUUAUUGUUAUAUGAAUCCUAAUAAGAAUCUAACUCAUAUAUGAGUCAGAAAUACUGUAGAUAAUUGUAUAUAUUACUCCUAUACACUCGGACAAAAAUUACUCACGUCUUACUCUUUUUAGUCUCGAAAGUUCGUUAGAAGACAACGAAACAUUUGACUAAUUUCUGCCUCAUAUUACUUAAUGUUUCUGUUGAAUUAAUUAAUAUAACAUUGCACUUAAAUGUUUAAUAACUGAAUUAAUAUUCGUAUCCUUCUGAAUGUUAAAGGAUAAUUUAAACACCAUAGUAUUUCAUUUGUUUUAAAACUGAUGUUUGAAAUGAUUAAUGAUUCUUUCUUCAGUGUACAACGUUUGUCCGUUGUCUUAUUUUUCAAUAUUCUUCAGAAAGUAAAAAUAGCAUUUUUACCAUAAAUAACUUUGUUGGUUAACUUAUAAAAAUUUGAUUAAGGUGUUAAAAGUGCAAUAAGUCACAACAUCUUUAAACGUUUUCUAAGUAAUUAAUUAAAGAAUUUCCUAAAUAAUCGUUUAAUUAACCGUUGUGAAAAACUCUAUUCAAGUAAAGCUGUUAUUUCCUCACUAUAGGGUAAUGGAUGAUUGAUUGAAGUUAUUACGAUAGCGUUUUGAGCAAUGAAGAAAAGAAAUAAAGGAAACGUACUUCUAGCUUAGGUUUAAAAACAGUUAAAGUUAACAGUUUUUUACCUUUACCUCUAAGGUACUGUUUUAGUUCAAAAGCACAUUUUUCAAUUUGCAUUCCAAGUGUAUUCUUGAAAAUAUAAACCUUAGAAUAACUGUGAAACAUAUUCCAAAAUAUUUUAUGGAUUACAAUAUGUAUUUUUUCUAUAAAUUAUAAAUUUAAUAUUUUCAUAAGAGGGAAUGUGAUUAAAAUAUCAUUUUUAUAAUAUGUAAGUAUACCGCAGUUCGUUAGCUGUUUAAAAUUACUUAGGAGUUUUAAAACAAUUGUUUUCGAUCUGGAACAUUUUUUUCAUUUUCUCUCCAAAAAAAAAAUUAAUUUGGUUUAACACAUUUCAAAAACAAAUUUAAAGAUUCUGCAACCUUGAAACAAGGAAUAAUAGAAUACCCAGAAAAUAACUGUUUGCAAAAUUUUUCACUGUUGCUUUUAAGUUAAGUGAGACGUUUCUAAAUGGGACUGUUUUGUUUUUUGUUUUUUUUUUCAUUUAGAUUAUAGUCUUAUAUAUAUAUAUUCUUAUGCAGUAAGAUAAAAAUUAUAAAAUAUUUGAAUGUUUUUUAGACCAGUAUCAGUACGAGUUUUUAGAAAGUUAAAGAUGUGGAAUGAAAUUUCAUUAAUAACUAACAGUAUAAAAUCAAAUAAAGUUAAAUUGCGCCUAGUUCUUACUUCAACUGCGGAAUAUCUUGAUUCAGUGGUUGGUAUAUUCUUUUAGCUAUCAAAGAAUAUUUAAAAGUCCUUUCGUUCUUUUUGUUUUCUGUGUUAAAAUGCUUUUGUCAACAUUAUUAAUCAACCUAUAUGGAAAAUGUAAUUUUUGAAAAAUCAGCUUGUUUCUGGUUUUCGCGAUUUAUUUUUCUCAAACGUCUUUGAUUCUGAUGAAACAAAAUUAUGGAUUUGUUGUUUGUUUGUUUUUGUAUAAGCAAAUGCAAAAGGAGUGUUUUUUUUUUGUUUUUGUUCUCUAUUUUUUCUUUUUUUCGUCUUUGAAACGUGGAAAUUUCCCUUUGCUUGUGUGCUUUUAGAACCGCAUUUUAGGUCAUCUAUACAUUUGUUCGGCAGUAUAAAUGUUCUGUGCCUAUUAAAUUUGUGAUUUAAAAUAAACGUUUUCAAGCAUUUCA